GCGAACCGGCGCGACGCGAAAGUUGACCAUGUCGAUGGUCAAAACCCAAGCGUACCAACUGGACCUCCGUGCCAAACGGGAAACUAACCCGGUUUUGUCGCAAACGUAUGGCCGACACAUUCUCCUUCAGAAGGCACACAUGCAGCUGUACCAGGCCAUCCCGCACACGGCGCGGGCUCGACAAGGCAGUCCAUUGCAUCAACGCAGCAACAGCACAGGGAACAACGACGGCUCGCAAAGUGCACGGGAAUGGACAGAGCAUGACGACGCCCGCGUUCCAGUCAAAGGCAUGCUCUUGGAGCACAUCCUGGAACAGCGACAAAAGGCCCACGAUGACCUUGCGCAGCUGCAGUUGGCUUCCCCAUCUACAACGACACCCAUCGUGGAAGAAUUGGAGGAGAUGCUGCGGCGAAUCCCCGCGCACACUGUAAAGCGAUUCAUCGCGAGUAAGACGCCGGCGGACACAGAGGGAGACGACCACAUGCCUUUGCGGGGCUGUCGCGAUACCUCCACGGACACGGCUGUGUCAUGGCUUAGAAAGCAAGAGUAUUUCACACGUAAAGGUCGCGUAUUGGAGCGGGACAAGGCGGCGUUCCUUGCGUUGCACAUGAAGGCCCUGAGCAUGGAGCUCAGUCGCGCCAUCAACAGCUUCGACGACGCCAGGGACUUGGAAGCUCGAUUAUUGGUGCAAAAGCAGAUGCAGUUGCAAGCCACGAUGCGGGACACCGUGGCCAGCAUCGCCCAGCUCAAGGCUAAACGAGCCCACGGUGUCCCUGUUCUCGUUUCGGACGUGGACGACUGUCGAAGUCAAAUCGACUCGACGGAAGAGGCCAUCUUGCACGUGCAAUCCAAGCAUGCCGAGCGAGUGGAGGAGCUUCUACGGCUCGAGCGCAACCUCCAGCGAGAUUUGACAACGUUUGAAACCAAGAUGGGAUCGUGGGAUUCCCAUAACCAAGCCAAGGUCGUGGGCACGCGCGUGCUCAAUCGAGCGCAGAGCCUCUUGCGUCGGAACGGUCUCGUGUCGGUCACGGGUGACCGCAACAACGAUCAGCAAGUGCCCGAGUGCCAAGACGACGCGAACCGAGUGCGCGCACUGGACGCGCUCAUCCUCCAGACCGGGCAGGGCUGCGGUGGAUGGGACGCCACCGACCACGCAGCGUUCGUGUCUGCGCUGCGGCACUUGGGGUGGACAGACGGGACUCUAACUUCCCGCUUGCAAACGCACGAGGAAGGGCUCGAUGCUCUGCAGGUGGAGGCCGUUGUGCGACGAUGUGCAAGUAGUGGCGUACUGGUAGGCAAGUCCUCCGACUCCGUCCGUACGCACUUGGAGUGGUACUUCAGUCACAUGAAACUGGUGAACGAGAAGCGCCGAGCCAUCGCGAAGUGGAAAGGCCGCCGACAAGAACAGCGGCGGGCGUCGGGGGUAUCAAGUGCCCAAGCACCUGUGGUGGUCGACGACGCACCGAACGAACGUCGAGUGCACGAGCGUGCAGACACCAAAGCGCAAGUGCGCGCAUGGCGCGCCGAACGGCGAGUGCAGCAACAACACCAGGCCAGCCAAGGCAGUUCAAGCAACCAGCUCACGUCGUCAUCGGCUUUGGAUGCAUUGAAGCGACUGGAAACCAAGCAAAAGGUGGCCCUGUACAAGCUGCAAAAGGAGGAAGACCUGGCACGACAACAGGCCGCCGCCGAACUCGUUCGGAAGGCAACGUUGGCUCGACAGCCCUCCAAGGUUUUAUGUGACAAAGGACAUUCUAUGCUUAUGGUAACUAUUGUAGAAACAACUCGAUGCGACAUCCGAUGCCGCCAUCGCCAUGGCCAAAGUUAAAUUGGACAAAGUGCAGUCUCAGCAAGCCGCCAUCCAACAGGCCGCCACCCUUCCCCAGCGCCCCAAAUUGCCCCUGUUUGUCCCCAAAGACUCCACAGUAACGCAGCCAACCAAAGCAUCGGCUGCCCGGGGCACCACCCCCAACGAACUGCAAGCGCAAGCUACUGCCCGACACACUUCCGGUGCCCACGAAGCGUACGUUCCUGGUUUGGCAGGGGCGGGACAUGUGAAAGGCAAGAGUUUCGGACAUGUGUCCAGUCAACCGCGAGCGGUGCCGACAUGGAGGCGGCGUGGGUAAUAAGAAUACACGUACGAUCUCGGGCAACGCCCUUGUUCCCCAAUCGAAUUGGCCCCACAUUGGUAGUAAGACAGUAGGUUUAUUGUGUUACACAGAGUUCCCAGCAUACUG